CACGAAAAACUGCCAGGGGUUUGUUGUUUUUGCCUCUCGGUGGAUUGUGUUCUUCUUCGCAUUGGCAGUGUAUCAGAUUUCUACAGACAACUGGCCUAUCUUCUUCACUGAGUGAACGUCUUUUUACCAUGUGUUGCACGGCAACCUGUUCAUGACAACUGGCAUCUAACAGAGCUGUUAAGACAGUUCAGAAUUUGAAAUCUCAAACGAAUAUCUGCAUCCUUCAUUCUUGGGACGUUUAAUUUUGUCGUGUAGUAUGAUAUCUUUCAGCGACUACCGUUAAUACAUCAGCAAGAGCGGAAUAUUUCAUUUUGUCCAUCACCGGCUGGAUAAAUCCAUGUGACGUCUAAAUUCUAACCAUGGGUGCGCCAAAGUUGCUUGAUGAGCUGUCCAAGGCAGAGUCAGGCCAGGCUACAGUAGGGGCCCGUUACAGAAUUAAAGAAGAAGAUGGCAGUAGGCGUGUGUACCAGGCAGAACAAUGCAGUUGCGUCCCCCCUCCUGUUUUCAUUCUUGGAAUCACUUUACUUGAGAUUCUCUUUUUCGUGUACAGCCUCAGUGGCAGUUGUGACAGAGACCGAAACGCCAUACCCAUCAUUCCCAACAGAGACAGUAUUGUCGUAUACAGAUCCGAUAAAAAGCGAGAAUUAUGGAGAUUUGUGUGUUACGUUCUUGUGCACGAAGGGUGGAUGCACCUCUUUUUCAACAUGGUUGUGCAGCUUCUAAUAGGUCUUCCCUUAGAGAUGAUCCACGGCUCCGUACGUGUGUGUAUUGUAUACACGGCAGGAGUGGUCGGAGCUUCGCUCGGUACUACCAUCUUCCUUCAAAAUGUUGUGUUAAUAGGAGCCUCGGGGGGAGUGUAUGCGCUGCUGGCAGCUCACGUAGCCGAUGUGAUACUGAAUUACUCCGAAAUGGAACUAGGAUUUUUGAAGAUAAUUGCAGCCAUAAUAAUAGCUUCGACUGAUACCGUUGCGCUUCUUUGGAAUCAAUAUUUCGACGUCAGACGUAGUGACCUGAAAAGUUCUUCCUUUUCCCAGACGUACAUAGCACACCUUAUUGGGGCCGUCUCUGGGCUUACAAUGGGAUUCAUCGUACUGAAGAACUUCCAACCCAGCCCCCAUAGCAAGGUGGUCUGGUGGUUGGCAGUGGUGUCGUACGUCUCUAGUAUGCUGUUCGCCAUCUGGUGGAACGUAGACCUUGGAUAGCACCAGCUGUUGAUGUGUCUUCAUUUCUCGUUUGAAACUUCACGUGCUCUUUCUUGGUGGCGUUUGAAUUAAGAUGACUGUAGCGAAUGCGUGUAGCUUUGAACUUUCUGAUUUCAUUUUUGUGUGGAUUUUAACUUCAAGGUAUAUGUAUCAGUUUGGGCUCGUAAAAACUCUUUUGGACAGACGCUGUAUAUCUAUAUAUUUUUCUUAAAAGCCAAGCUGCAUUCAUAUCUUCAUCUCAAAAGCUUUUCAUUGUU